AAUGUGUCGUCUGCGAACGCGCAGGAAAGCAUCGUUAAUGUCCUGGACACCAUCGACAGGAGUGUGAACAGCUCCAUCAGCGGCGACAGCGCCCUGGACAACUACACACAAGCAAUUCGCAUCAUUGUUGACAAGAUUGCUCAGGCCAACUGGACACAAAGUCAACGGAGGAACACCAGUGAAAAAGUUUUGCAGACUGCCUCGACUGUAAUGCUGUCACUUGCAGCCUACAGUAAACAAACAAACAACUACUCCAGUGAAGAUGUGGAUAAGAAGUUCUCUUCCCUGGAGUCGGAUCUCUUUGAUCUUGGCGCCACGUUGACCCGCAGCAGGAGAAGGAGUACAUCAGCAGUGACUUGCUGAAGGUUCAGUAUCGGAGCAGCCGUCCCGAGAAUCUAGUGGACGAGACCACUGAAAAUGGCGAUGUUUCUCUCAGUCUUCCCGAUGGUCUUGUCAACAACUUUCGUACGAAAGCUCUUCUCGUGACGCUCAUGGUGUACGAAAAAGACGUCUAUACGCAUGCGCUGUCCACGUCAAAGAUAGUUCCUUCCGGAAAGGUCGCAGUGGUUAACGUCGUCGACGAGGACAAGAACCCCGUUUCCGCCGUGAGCAUGGGCGGUCCGGUGACGGUGACGCUGCCUCCACCACGUUCAACCGUCGUCAGCAAGCGGACGGCGCGAGCGGAUGACUCAGCUUUCUGUUCGGAAGCGCCCCCGUCCACCCUGUUGUUGCUGCAGUUCAUCGUUCCAGCCGGUCGAAAACUGACCCUACUAGGACACUUCGGCACUCCCCCCACCACUUCCGUUUACGAGUUUGAGGCCACGGUGACGUCUGAACCACACGUCACACUGUCACAUGAUGACAUCACUCUGGUGCUGCAGGACGGCGUGGCUAAGGUGUACGUGAAGAGAAUUUCGAGAACGGUGGAACAAAUUUGUUUUGCGGCUAGCUAUUCAGACUUGCUGUCGGAGUCGCCUCGCAGACGUCUCCUGUCUUCUGAGACAGCAGUGAUGCAGGCGGUUCAUGUCUCAGCUCUGUCAGUGGUCACAUGGGACAGCAGUCACACUGCCUGGACGGUCAACUCUGAAGUGUCGGUAAGAGGAAUUGAGAACAACGGACGAGUUUGGUUUAAGUCCAACUUCAUCGGCAAAUUCAGCCUCAGCGAAUUAAUCAUCACUCCUACAGAAAUCGACUUCAGUGCCAUUUUCUUGAACUUCGAGCGGUAUCUGCAGAACAGCCCGUAUGUCUUGAGUGUCAUCUGCUGGGUCCUGUUGGUCAGUGUCUUCGUGACUGUCCUGCUCAGGCGCCUCGAUGUCGCGGACUCGGCACUUUGGACCUACUUACCGCUGACAGACAACCGUCCUGAUGACCCGUUUGUCUACACGCUGUCUGUGCACACGUCACUGAACUCACCUCGUCACUUCACAGCGACACCUGUCUUCGUCCUCACGGGCCAGUUCGCUAGCACCCACACUCGGGUUCUGGCAGACGGGGUGCGAGAGAAUUUUCGGAGCGGCACCGUGUCCAACUUUGUGAUGACAUCUCAGGUGAACCUGGGGCAGUUGCUUGUGCUAAAUAUCUGGCAUGACAACAAGGGAAAUAGUCCCCAUUGGAAACUGGACAGAGUCGUGGUUGUAGACCGCACUAGCAAAGACGUGGCAUUGUUUGUUUGUCGCGACUGGCUGUCCACCAACAAGAGCGAUGGCAGAAUCAGUCGCCACCUUCCUGUCUUCAUGUCUGACGGUGUGGACGGAGGACAGAUGUUUGAUGUCGUGUCCUGGCAUCAGCUGUUUGACGAGCACCUGUGGCUGUCCAUCUUCAAGCGCCUGACGUACAGCAGAUUCUCGCGCGUGCAGAGGUUCCUGUGUGCGGUCGCGCUUCUGUUCCUGGCCAUGGUCACCGACGCCAUGUUCUUCAGGGGCAAAGAGGCAACUUAUGAGAAGAUACGAGGAGUUACAAUUGGACCUCUCCAAAUUAAUUACAGGCAGCUGUACACGGGCUUUGUGUCGGGACUGAUCAUCAUUGUACCCGCAGUCAUCAUGACCUGGUCUUUCAAACAUCGAGACAUCAGGGGAGUGAACUCGCGGUCAAGUAACGGUUGUCCUCAGUCGACGUCAUCACGUCUGCUCUCGCCGUCAAGUCAUCCACAUCCACCCCGAGGGACGGUCUUUCCCUUACAAGAAAUCAGGUCUUCAGAAUGUCUUUCCACCGCUCCAUCCGCGUGUACAAUAAAGAGCGAAAAUGGGGAAGGAAGAAAAAUGAGCAGGCGAUUCAACCGCCCGAAAUUUUAUUCGUCGGAUCCAGUGUCGAGCACUUCAAUGUGUAGACGAAGCAAGAGCAACAGACUUAACGAAGAUGAGAAAAAUGAAGCUGAGGUCACAGUAUCUACAGAAGCAUCAACUGCCUCACCGAUAGAUGUAACGGCGAUGAGAGAAAUGAGUGACAUACCGAUUCCAUUAAAUCAAUCAGCUGUGAUCCAGUGUAGUCCAGCCCAGAAUUCAGGAAAAGAACUGACUUUUAAUACCAGAAGUCUUCAUCCAUGGUGGUUUAUUUUUGUUGGAUACUUUUUCAUUUUCCUGUCCAUUGUGAUAGGUGCUUUCUUCUGCAUCAUGUUCAGCCUGGAGUGGGGUGGCUCGAGGAGUCAGGAAUGGCUGCUGGCUGUAGUGUUCACAAGUAGCAUCCAUUUACUUGUAAUUGAGCCAGUAAAAAUUAUCUUGGUUUCCUUCAUAUUGUCCUCCAUACUUUGGCACCAAGCACAUGAUGAUAUAGUAGAAGUGGCCCCAUACAGUCUAGCUUCAAGGGAAACGUGCAAUGUGUUUCAAGAUUGUAGGACAGACCAUUUAUCUACAGGUUAUGUGUUCUCAGUAUGCGAAGAUCUUGAGGAACUUGAAUCUCGCCAUAAGGACCUAAUAAAUAAUCAGCGCAUGCAUACUGUUUUAGCCAACUUGUUUUUUCAUACACUGUAUUUGGUGCUUUUGUAUGUUUUAUGUCACCAUAUAAGUGAUAACACCAUCUAUAUCCAGAACAGGACCAUCAAGCAACAGUUGGCAUUGAAAGAACUGAAGUUAAUAGAUUUACCAGAUAAAACAUGGGACUGGGUACAGAAGCAGUUCAUACCAAGUAUCAUGUCUCCAUAUAACUGCUUGGACUGUGCCAGCAUGGAGACUAAGAAUCUACUUUUGUCUGAUGGUUGCAAUUUGCGUGUAGGACCUGUGAUUAUGACACAAUAUAGAAUCAAAGAUAUAUGUAACCUCCCACCCAGGAUACACAAGCUUUUUGGUACAAAGCAUUGCAAACCUUCUUAUUCAGACCAUGUGGAGGAGUCUCGAUCCUUCCUUUCAGGUUGGGUUGUGUGUACUGCAAAUUGUACAGAAAAAGAAUAUGUUUAUGAUACUGGAGGCCCAACCUCCAUGGCCAAGGAGGGGGUGGUUGGUGUUUAUGGACCUGGUGGAUAUCAGGCAUCACUAGGUCAAACGGAAUAUGCGGCUCGGAAGAAAGUUGCAGAGCUGCUAAGGCAGAAAUGGCUGGACCAGAAUACCAGAGCACUGAGCAUAGAAGUCAAUCUUUUCAAUGCCAACACACAACUGUUUUCACAAGCCAUAAUACUCGUAGAGUUUCUCACAACUGGAGGGUGCUUUUGGAAAGCCACAAUUUGUUCUGCAAGACUGUAUCCGUAUACCGGUAUUUGGGAUUACUUUGUGCUGGUCCUUCAGCUUGUCUUCAUUGUGAUCAUUAUAGUUAGGGCAUGGUUGCUCAUCAAGGGGAUGUGCUUUCCUCCUGAUGGACACAGGUGCUUGGAGUCUGUUAUUAUCAGAACAUUUGAAUUACUGCUGUCGCUAGUGGCAAUCAUCACCUAUAUCCUCAGAAUUGACAAAACAAUAUACAUUGUGGAAAGAAUUAAGAAUAAUCCAGAGCUUCACACUUCAUUUGAUGCCGCCUUUUUCUUGGAUAAAAUCUGCCAAGGCUGUUUGGGUAUCUGCUUCUUCCUGAAAAUCCUUUGGUUCCUGGGCCUCAUUUCCUUCAACUACUACAUUCAGUUGUUCAGGAAGACUCUGCUGAACUGUCUGUCACAGCUGUAUGGCCUGAGCAUUUUACUCAUAGUCAUCCUAUCAGCAUUUGUUUCACUCAUAUACCUGUCAUGUGGAGCAAAGAACUCUCAGUUUAAAGGUAUCUUGGAAAGUUAUAUGACUCUGAAUACUCUUUUGCUAACAAUAACAAGAUACCAGGACACGGAGCCUGAAGGUGCUGACAGACAACAGCUUGUAUUUCAUUACUGUGCAUUUGGGCUCUAUUGCUUCAUUGCUCCAAUACUUGUUGUGAACCUGGCCAUAACAAUUCUUGAUUCUUACCUUGAGGCAACAAAAAAGUCAACCGCUAUGAAAGAUCCAAGAUCUUACAAUGGUGACCUUGGAAGGUUUGUUUGGAGAAAACUGGAAAAACUGUGGCUCUCUUGCACUGGUAGUGGAACUAGGGAAUUGAAGAAAACAUCUUGUGGUAGUGCAGAUCUUUCACAAGCUACAAUGCUCCGUCGUGAGUGGGAUUAUUUAGAGGCAAAGGUUGACCAACUGAUCGACAUGUUGACAAGAACAGUGUUUCACGCUUCCCUAGAGCCCAGACAUGUUUUUCACACACCUGAGCCAAAUGCACUGACACUUCACCAUCGCCAGCACCAUCAGGAGAACGAGGAGCAGGUUAAUGACAGUUCUGAAGCAGUUGGGAUCCAGCAUACUUUACAGAUAAGAGAACAAACACUCAUCAGAAUCAUGGGUAAAGGACAGAGGUUGCUGUAUCUGCUAGCAAUCUCAAAUGCCAGUACCGAGUCUGAUAUAAAAUGGCGCGCUUCUGGUGUUUGUCACAAGUUCCUACAUCAGGUUUACGAUGGAAAACAUGCAUUAUUAUCUGAAGCUGUGCAGAUUUUCUGUGCUGGCUCAACGCAGCAUCAGGAUGUGGAGGUUGGUAUUCCAGUAUUGCCAUACGCUCGUCAAGAAAGCUGCGCUCUCGCAGUCAAGUUCACAGCCUCAGAACCUUGGACUUACUUGCCAUCGGUUGAAUAUUCAGAUCUAUGCACAGACUUCCACGUAGGCUUUACGUGGACCAGAAUGCAGGCUGUUCCGAGGUACCUGGCAGCCGUCAUAUGUCUUGCUCCAGAAACACCCUAAGGGCCUGAUGUUGCGACAGUGUCCUCAGUGCAAGUUCUCAACAUGUGAUCCAACCUUGCUCCGAAACCACCUCGCUGUUCACAGCAGCCUGGGACUGUACGUGUGUCGGCAUCCAGGCUGCGUGGCCCAGUUCCUGGAGCGCUACCAACUGGUUCGACAUCUGCAAGAAAAGCACAAUUUCCCACAAGUUUGUCACUUCUGUGGAGAAGGCUUUCAGUCUGCGCAUGUGCUUCGGGAGCACAUUCGUGGCCACUACAUCCGUCCAUUCAAGUGCGACAUUUGUGGAUUGCAGUUCCUCACUCCCCAACAGAAGGACGGGCACUGCUUCAUCAACCACAGCGACUGGAAACCUAAGUUACAUUUUUGAGUCUUUCCCAAAACUUCUAACAGUGUUCGCACUUGCGCACUCUCAUAAUUCAUUCUCUCCCAGCUUUAAUGAUUUCAAUGACUAACAUUUGUGACCUGGAGUGUUAACCUCCUAGUAGUAUAGACAACCAAGAAAAAAUGGAUGAAUGGCGCUGAAAUCCUGUUGGGCGGGGGAGACAUCUUGUAGGUGUCACAGAACAGUGAAUGGAAUAGAAUGCGUCACCUUGGUGCAUUCAUCUUAAGGUAACAGCAGGUGAUAUGUGAAUGCCGUAUCCUGUUCCUUGAGGCCACGUAGGUCGAUAGAUGGCUGCAUUAAUCGGCGGGGAACCA